AUGCGAAUCAUUGCUGCCGAGGAGGGAAGAGAGCUACAGCCCGAUGUGGCUUUCCAAGAGCUAUACCAACAAGGAAACCUGAGUCUCGCCCUUCAGAGCUUGACUGGUAUUCCACCAGCGGCACAGCUCAUUUAUUUAUCAAGUGGCGAACAGCUAAGAGAAGAAAAUGCAGAAGAGCUCUUAUCAGGACCUGACCCCACGAUAUUUAUAUUCAACCGUGACCUGGUGGAUGAUAGUCGUGAUCCUCCCAAUGAACUGCUCGUUCUGGAUGCGACUUUACCAACAUCAGGAGACGUAAUACAUGAUGCCGAAAUGUACCUUGAGCAUAUUCGUUCACAAGGAACGUCCGUCGAGAUCCAACGCCAGGCAUUGUCCACUGUUUUACGAAACUUAGAGUCACAUGCCAUCGUAUUGAUGGACGCAUUCGAUAUUUUCCGCAGUGUGGCACAGCGUGAGCUCAACCGCCAGCAAUCACUGCUUGACGGCCACAAAUUCGAUCUUGAAAUCAUAUCCAAAGUCAAGGUACAUCCUGAGUUUUUGUCGAUAACUGUAAGGCGAGGAGUAGAGGCGACGGGGCGCGAGAGAACUCUUGGGGAUUAUGUUUCUAGUUCGAAGAUGCACAUGGUAGCGGAGUCGUGCGGGCGUUUACACAGCGACUUGUCUGCUCGCUAUGGCACUGUAUCGCAAACGUUCAAUCAAUUGGUUGCGAGCGUCGCUGAGCUGAAAUCGAAGGUGGACGGUAACAUUUCAAGCGACGCCGUUCUAUUAGUCGAACAAGCAGACAAAUUUGUUGGAGCCUUAGGAGACGGAACCCAAGGAAUAGAUGUUGUAGGAAGCCAGUCGAGCAUGGCACAGCUAUACUUGGACAUCUGCUCCAUCAAGAACAAAUCGACAGAACACGUCUUUUUGAUUUUAUCUGAAGUCGCCGAUAUUCAACGCCUGAUGUCCAGUAUACCUGAGACCCUUGCAACGCUGGAAUCCGAUUUCCGACAGAAAGGAGGGUUUCCUCACUUACAACGCCUGCACAGUAUGUUGUACAUGUACGGUGCAACCGUAAUCGAAGUUGUACGCCGAAGAGAAUUCAGUAGAUUUUUUACGGAAAAGGCGCAAGCAAUUGCUGAAGUUUUAGCAAAGAUAUCAUCACAUGAGCGUAAACGCCGUCAAGUAUAUCGCAGCGAGGUCCAUGGCCAACUUCCGUUUGAUCCUCGAGGAAUGGAUGAGCCUGCGCCUACCAUGGAGAUCAGUACCAGUGGGGGAGAAGAACCUGCUAUUGCCAUGGAGCGACAUGACAUUGCUGUGUUCCUGGAUCUCCUUUCUCAGAUCGAACGAUCGUCGAAUUUGGUGACGCUCCCUCCUGGUGUCUUAAAUCCUGCUUCCGAAGCUAGACUCGCGUUUGAGCGACUUAUAGCAAAGCUCGACAACAUUGAGUCAGAUUUCGAUAGGCUUGCUGAGCGUGCUGUGCUGUCUGCAUCGCGGAUUUACCAAUCCCGAAGGCAAUCGACAAGCGAUCAGUCCACUAUGCAUGAGAUAAUCGAACAGCUUCAUGAAGCGCAGGUUGCUAAAAUGGAACAAGAAAUCGCUUUCCAACGUGAAAAUGCAGCCCUGAAAGUGGAGACAGAACGUUUACAGAAAGAAGUGACCAGUGCAUCUGCCGGCAAACAACGUUUAGAACGGCUCGAGAUCGAGCUGGAUGUUACUCGAGCCAAGCACGCGUCAGAACUCGCGGCUCGACAGGGUCUCGAACAGCGCUUAAAGGACUCGGAAAGGGUCCGAAAUGCUCUACAGCAGGAAGUCGAUCAAUUGCGAGCCGGUGCACAUGCUAGCAAUAUCGUAAAACAGGAUGCUACUAAGCUUAGUGCGCUCGAGGAGCAGAAAACUGAGCUCGAAGCUUCUUUGGAGCGACUGCAGACUCAAAAUCGCCGGCUCGAGGAGGAUUUGGAGCUCAUGCACCAAGAAAAAGACGAUCUGAAUCAAAUCAUUCGGGACAAGGAUGCUAUACUGAAGGAACAAGUCAGUGCAGCCGAGCGCUCGCUGCGAGACCAUAUUGCCGAGACGGAUGGUGAUCGAGCCGUUCUGGAACAACAGGUUGCAGAACUUCGCAACGCUCUCGAUAAUCAUAACUCGAGCGAGAUUCAGAAGCUCCAACUUCAAGUAUCUCGACUUGAAGAAGACAAACAGCAGAUUGAGGCAAAGUUCGGCACUUCCAGCGAUACAAUGUCCAAAUUAGCUGCAGCGGUGCACAACUUGUAUGCGAGUCAAACCCAAGCACUAUCUGUGGCUCAGAGUCUUCUCAAGGCUUCGAGAGCAAACUCGAACGGAAUUGACGGUAAUCCCAAUCAAUCAGUCGAAACGCCAUUAGCCCCUCCCCUCGCAAUCGAGCUGCCCGCCCCUCUGCCAGACUUCGAUCCAGCUCAUCCUCAAGCGAUGAUUGAUGCAUUGGCGGCAUUCGACUCUAAAUUACUUGAAGACGCAGUAGCUAAGGUAGGAACUAAUGCCCGCAAGUAUCUUAAAUUGUCCAAAGAAUAUCGCGAGCGUUCCAAGAGCAAAAUUACGUUUAGAAAUUUCGCUCGAGGGGACCUAGCAUUGUUUUUACCAACUAGAAACUCAAUAGCGAAGCCCUGGGCAGCGUUCAAUGUCGCAUUCCCCCAUUACUUCCUGAAUGCAACAGAAGAUAUUAGCGAACUACUGAAGUCUCGUGAAUGGAUUGUGGCUCGUAUUGUGUCAAUCACCGAGAGAAUUGCAGAUAGCAAGCGACCCAAUGGAAACCCAUUUGGGCUUGGGGACGGCGUUAAAUUCCAUCUACUGGAUGUCGAGGAUUGGACUCAACCGAGUAGUGCCGCUAAGAAACGCGUGGAUUCUAACCUCACUCGUCCGCUCUCAAUCGCCUCGUAUGAAGCAAGAGAACGCAUAUCCUCAUGGACGGAAACGACUGCAAUGGCCACAGCAUUACCACAAUCAAUCUCGGACAAGGAGGGUACAUCACCUGGAGUUACCGGGUCUCCUGGCCAAAAGUUCGGACCUCGACCUCCAUCUCCCCCACGUUACUUUAGUAAGAUGAGUGUGAGCCCUUCAGCAGGACCCUCUUCCCUUUCCAAAGUGUUAGCACAAGCGCCCGUACCAUCAUCGCCCCGUCCCUCUUCUACAUUUUCUAACCAACGGAAUGUGAACCCCGAGAGGUCAAGAUCACGUACAACCUCGCUGUCUUCGGCCCGUCGACCUCAAUUCAAUGGGUCCAAUAAAGCUGCUGCAACUACCGCGUUAUCCGACCCUGCUGUACCGGCAACAUCUUCGGGCGCCACUCCCGAGCCUGGUACCACCCCAUCACCUUCUGGAUCUGCUUUUGAGGGCAUGAGCAGUAUCGCACUGGCGCAAAGGAGGCCCACGUCCAUCAGCCCGGGCAUCAGUGCAGGCAGCACAUUAGCUAACAUAGCAAGUAAUUUGGGUUUGCCAAUUAGACGCAAACCCAUAUUGGAACAAGCUCGUGCAUCCCCGGCUCUUUCAGAAAUAGAGUAG